UUUCCAUCGAUUCAUUUGUUCAUCCAUCACUCACUCUUCUGUUUCUCUGAUUCUACGAGACUUGUAUUCGUAGCAGAGAAGAUGGAUGGUAUCGGAAACCUACCCGAAGAGGUUCUUUGUCAUAUACUGUCUUUCCUCACAACAAAGGAAGCCGCUCUAACCUCGAUUCUCUCCAAAAGAUGGCGAAAUCUCUUCACACUCGUCCCUAACAUCGACAUAGACGACUCCGUGUUUCUUAACCCGGAGGAAGGGAAGCGAGAAAGAGAAGGUAUCCUCCAAAGCUUCAUGGAUUUCGUGGAUAAAGUUUUAUCUCUGCAGGGCGAUUCUCCCAUCGUUAAAUUCUCCUUGAAAUGCAAAACCGGCAUCGACACAGAUCGUCUGAACCGUUGGAUAUGCAACGUCCUCCGACGCGGCGUCGCGAGCCUCGACCUCGUCCUCGAUUUCGAUAGAUCCGACGACGAUCUAGAUUCAGAUUACAUGUAUUUUCUGCCUAGAGAGCUGUUCGUUAGCCCCAAACUGGUGGAGCUGAGAUUGAGAAGCGAGUUCGGUGUUGACUGGUGGCGUGGAGGUAGUAGAGACACUCUCUUGCCAAUGGUCAAGACUCUCUGCUUUGAAUCCACGUGGAUUCUGUUGUGCGAUGACCUCGAGGUGUUUCUCUCUGCUUUCCCUGUUCUCGAGGAGUUCCACAUGGUUGGUAUUGAGUGGCCUGACUCGGAUGAAUCCGUGUCAAGUCAAAGCCUUAGGAAGUUAACUCUCUAUGCGGGAGGUUUCGAAGACUGGAGAAAUCCCAAGAGCAUUUCUUUUGAUACUCCGAAUCUAGUUUACCUCGAGUAUUCUGAUUACGUUGCCGCGGAUUAUCCCAAAGUUAACUUGCCCAAUCUAGCUGAGGCUGUGCUCGACCUUAAGGUGACUGGACAUCAGAUUGACUUAAUACGAGCGCCUGAUGAUGAAGAUGUUGUCUCUCUGCGUCUUGGAAACGUGUGGAAGCUCGUAAAAGGGUUGAGAAAUGUUCAGAGACUUUUCAUUUCUGCUGAGACUCUUGAGUUACUUUCUCUAUGUUGUGAGUCGAUGCCGGUGUUCAACAACCUCAAAACUCUACGUAUUGUUUCUGAUGCGGAUCUGGGAUGGCAAGCGAUGCCAGCUCUCUUAAGGAACUCUCCACAUUUAGAAACUCUAAUCCUCAAGGGUCUCUUACACCAUGUGACUGAGAAAUGCGGGGAUGUCUGUGACUGCAUACCUCGGGAGGACGACAAAGGUCGUUCGCUAUCAUCAUGUCCAGUGAAGAAGUUGGAGAUCAGAGGGUUUAAAGGAACAGUUAGAGAGAAAGAGAUGAUUAGGCAUUUCUUGGAGUCUUUCCCAUGUUUGGAUGAGAUGGAAGUAUAUGCCUCCGCCGACAACCAGAAUGAUCCUACAACAAACUUGCAAGUUAAUAGAAUUUAUAAAAUCGUUGCAUACAAGGUUCAGGGGGAGGAGGUUACCACGGAGACUGUGCUACAGUCUAAGAGCAUGUCCCAAACCCAGAUGGAGGAGAUCUCCUCUCAGUUUACACCCCGCAAUAACAGAAAUAUGUACGAUUUUGUUUACAUCUUGCAUGGAGCUCCUCCUCCUUCUCCGCCACCUCAGGAUAUGUCUGAGGACUACCUUAAAGAGCAGCUUGAUGCUGCUAACACCAAACUUGCGGAACUUGAUGCUGCUAAGACCAAACUUGCGGAACUUGAUGCUGCUAAUGAGACCGAACUUGCUGCUAAUAAGACCGAACUUGCGGAACUUGAUGAGGAAUAUAAGGAAAGGCAACGAGUCCUUGAUGCUAUGUUUGAUAGAAUUGUUGAGCAGAACCCGACGAUAGCAUCGGCAUUGAAGGCUCGACAAUCUGCAACAGAGGGGUCUAACGAUCAGGAGAAGAAGGAGCGGGACGUCGAGGCUCUGUUGGAAAUAAUGACGGACCUGUAUCCAGAUUUUGCAUCAGCGCUGAGGGUUAUGCGUGGUGGGACUGACUUAGAGCGAGGGGAGACGUCUAGGGAUCAGGGGGAGCUCGACCAAACUACUACGUCCACAGCUGUGGCAACAGACCGAGAUGGAAACUAGAUUUUAUGAUUGUUUUUUUUAAUUUGUAAAACUUAUAUACUGUAUGUUACAAAUUAUUAGGACAGGGCAUUUUGAUCGGGGGUUUCGGAUAGGAUAUUUUGGAUAUCGGGUAUGUCGGAUUGUAAAAGGAUGCUUAUCCUGUUGUCAGUAUCUUCUCCCUUCCUUAUUUUGAGA